AUGUUAUAUAAAAUCACAAAAAAAAAAAAUUAAAUUUUGUAUUUUCAUUAUCAAUAUAUAUUUAUACAAUAUAAUGUCAUAUGUUUUGUUUAUUUAAUAUAUUAUUUAAAAUUUAUUUAUUAAAACAUAAAAAAAUAAUAAAGUCUUCAUUAUUUAUUAAGUCUUAUCAUUUAUUACAUACAUAUUUAAAUAUUUAUAUAAAUUUUUAAGAUAUAAAUUAUAAAAUUAUUAAUAUUAAUAUCAAGAGAAAAUGUUUAUAUUUAUUAUAAAUACAUUCAUUAUAUAUUCUGAUACUUACUUACUUUAUUUUUAUGUUUUUUCCUUAUUGACAUUUUAUAUAAUAUAAAACAAACAUAAAAUUUUGAAAAUUUAAAUAAUUUGUCAUGGUUGGUAACAAAUCAAAAUUUGAAAAAAAAAAUUUACUGUUAACUGAAAAAAAUAUAAAAUAAAAUAUUAAUUUUAAAACACAUUAGAGAAUGUAACAAUGUUAUAUCUCUAUAUAAAAAUUUAUAUACUAAUGUUUGAUAAAUAUUAAUAAAAAAUUAAAUCAAUGAAUUCAAAGCAAUAUAUUUAUAUGUGUAUAAGUUAGUAAUAUGAGCAAUAAACGAAAUUGCAUUUUGCAAUAUUUUAUUUAUCAGAAUAAUAUUAUAAACAAAGAAUAAUAAACAUUUUAUAUAAAUACAUCUUUAAUUAAAAUUAUAUAUGUUUUGGAAAAGAAAAAUUUUAUUAAAAUAUUAAUAAAUUUGUCACAUUAAAUAUAUAUAAACUAUAUUUUAAUAAUUUUUUUGCAAUUUAUACACAUAAUAAUUAUAUUUUUAUAAAACAAAAAUUAUGUAAAAUUAUUUUAUAAAGAUGUAUUAUUUAUUAUGUCCUUGUUUUGAAACAAUUCUUCGUUUGAUGUCAAAAAUCAAAUUAAAAUAUGUUUGCAUUUGUAUUGGUCUUAUUACAGUACUUGAUUUUUUUGGAGCAUUCACACAUUUAUUUGAAAUUACAUAUGACUCAAAUUUUGCUUAUCCAUAUGAAGGUGAUGUACAUGAAUUUGUAAAUGCAUUACGACAUAAUGAAAAACCUACUAUUGAACCUAUAAAUGAAUAUAAAUAUAAAUUUUUAUUGAAUAAUCAACAAAAAUGUGUAGAUGCUGCUUAUAAAAUUUUUCAUGUUGUGUACAUAGUAAAAUCUGCAAUAGAAAAUUUUGAAAGGAGAUCAGCAAUUAGAAAUUCCUGGGGUUUUGAGAAAAGAUUUUUUGAUGUACCUUCGAGAACAAUUUUUAUGUUAGGUAUAUAUCCACAUAAUGAUGAACUUCAAGCAAAGGUAAAAAUUGAAGCUGCAAAAUAUAAAGAUAUCAUACAAGCAGAUUUUAUAGAAUCAUAUUACAAUAAUACAUACAAAACUAUGAUGAGUUUUAAAUGGUUAGUAAAAUAUUGCUCUAAUUCAAAAUUUUAUAUGUUUGUUGAUGAUGAUAUAUAUGUUUCUGUAAAAAAUGUUUUGAGAUUUAUAAGAAAUCCAACUAAUUAUCCUGAUUAUUUAAAAGAACCUAAAAAAUUUGAUGUUCAUAAAAGAGAAAUUAAAAAUAAUGAUAAAAAAAAAGAAUUAAAUAAUAUAAUUACACAAAAAAAUAUACAUGUUCUUGAUAAAAAGGACUUAUUUGUUUAUGAAAAAUUAAAAAAAACAGUUUUCAGGGAUCAUAUUAUAUAUGGAUUAAAACAAGAUACUUAUAAUAAAACUCUAAAAAUUAAUUAUAAUAAAGAAAAUAAUACAAAAUUAAAAUUUAUUCAGGAAAAUAAUUUAAAAAAUGAAUUUACAUUGAAUAGAAUAAAAAAACAAGUUUUUGAUUUUGAACUUCCAGAAGAUAUUAGAUUAUAUGCAGGAUUUGUAUUUAUAUCUUCACCUCAUCGUCAUAAAUCUUCUAAGUGGUAUGUUUCCCUUAGUGAAUACCCAUACCAUUUAUGGCCACCAUAUGUUACAGCUGGUGCAUAUAUACUGUCUAAAGAAGCACUUUUAGAUAUGUAUUAUACUAGUUUUUAUACUAAGCAUUUCAAAUUUGAUGAUAUUUUUUUAGGCUUAGUUGCAAAAAAAGCAAAUAUAGAACCUUUUCAUUGUGAAGAAUUUCAUUUUUACAAAAAAGAUUAUACAAAAUUUAAUUAUAAAUAUGUAAUAACUUCUCAUGGAUAUGGUAAUUCAACUGAAUUAUUGAAUGUAUGGAAUGAACAAAAAGCUCUUGGUAAUGCCUAAAUUUUCAAUUGUAUUCAAAAUAUUUUUAUUAAAUGUUUUAAAUAUGAGUUAAAUGUUUAAAUACAUAAAAAAUAAAUAACAAAGUGAUAUUUAAAAUGAUAAAAUGAUAUUUAAAGUGAUAUUUAAAAUAUUAUUAAAUAAUGGAAUCAAGAUCUUAUUUUAUUUAUUUUUAUUUUUUAUGAUAUUUAUUUAAUAUUUGUAUAAUCUUUAAUUAAUGAUUUAAAAUAUUAUUCUUGUUAUUGUUAUUAUUAUGCAUUAGUUACUAUUAGUCAUCAAUAAAAAUACAUAUGUUUGAAAAUAAUACUUAAUAUUUAAUGCUACUAAAUAUGUACAAAUUAUUUUAAAAUUAUAUUAUAAACUUUAAAAUGAAUUAAUAAUGAAUUAAUAUAUUAUAAAAUAUUGGAAAAUUAAUUAAAUAAACUCUAAUAUAUAUAUUCUUUUAUAAUAAAAUUAAUUUAUUAUAAAAUAUAUUUAGAAAUAGUUUCAAAAAUAGAUAUACAUAGAUCAAUCUUUAUGUACACAAUAAGUUAUUAUGUGACAAAUAAUGUAACAUAAUCAAUUAUUUAUGUUUUUAUAUAAACACCAUAAAAUUUAUCACUACUAUUUGAAUAAUUCAAUAAUAUUGCAAUAAUUAUUUAUGUAAUAUAUAAUAUAUAAACAAAUAUGUAAUAAUAUAUAAAAAUUAUUAUCUCAUAUAUUUCAUUAACAAGAAAAAAUUAUUUGAUAAGACCAUCCUUAUGUGAAAAAUGAAAAUAUAAUUAUAAAAUUACAGAUUAUAAAGAAAUAAAACAUAGUAUUAUAUAAAUAAAAAA